AUCCGUCGUGGUGUACUUCUGCAAUCAGACGCGCGUCAGUCUGUCGUCACUCACGACUUGCGGAUCUUCGGUCUGUUCCGCCGGUGUCGGUGAGCGCGAGGCGGACGCGCCCUCGGGUUGAGAUCGACGCGGCUCAAUAACGCGCAGAGUAGUGCUUCUGUAGAUACAGCACGUGACGCGCGGAUGAGCGGCGCGUCUGAGUAAGAUGAUCCGUGACAGUCACCAGAUCCGCUGCUCUGCCCGUUCAACAGCCGACUAACGCUAGCUGACAGCUACAGCUGGCACAGAUGAGCGGUUUAUAAAGUCAUGUAGUGUGUCUGUAGUCUUCGAGCAGUGAUACAGAUCAGAUCAGAUCAGUCUGUGUGACCUGACGCGUUUCUCCAGUUUUGAGUGAAGAGCUGUCAUGUUCUCUGAGCCUACAGGCAUCUACAUACAGUUGCAAAAUUGCCAUUGUUGAAGAAUAUGAAUCACCUGUGGGCAGUGCUACACGCAGAAGGAUGUGUUUGCUUCAUCCAGUCGUGAAAUGAAAGACUGUAAUGGACACGCUCCACAUCACACUCCAGAGACUUUGACCCUAAAAGUGCCUGAGACAGCUGUCUAUUGGAGUGCCACUUUCCUUUCCCAUUUCUAUCAGUUUUCUUCCUAAACAAACACCAUUUUUAUUUGGUAAAAAUGGGCCCUUCUUUGUCUCCUUUCAAUAAUCUGCUAUGCAUGCUGCUGGGCAUCUCGUUCACCGUCUGGUUCACACUGCUCUUGGUCUUCAUCAUCGUUCCUGCCAUCUUCGGGGUGUCCUUUGGGAUCCGCAGACUCUACAUGAAAACGCUGCUCAAGGUGUUCGAGUGGGCCACAGUGAGGAUGGAAAGAGGAGCCAAGGAGAAAAACCAUCUUUUGUACAGGCCUUGCAGUCUUAAUAGCAUUAUUGCUAAAGAACCUACAUCACUUGAAGACGAGCUCAAAGAGAUUCGGCGAAACUGCAGCAGCCCAGAGUUGGAAGGCUCCGCCUCCACCAUCACAGGCCCCUCCCCUUCCUCGUCAGAGUUUGAGAUGUCGGACACCUUCUACUUCUGCCGCCGUGGCAUUGAAAGCAUCGUAGAUGACGAGGUUACCAAGUGUUUCUCGGCAGAGGAGCUGGAGUCGUGGAACUUGCUGACCAGGAGCAACUAUAACUUUAACCACAUCAGCAGCAGACUGACGGUGCUGUGGGGUCUCGGGGUUGUCAUCCGUUAUGGGUUCCUGCUGCCCCUCAGGUUAACAUUAGCAAUCACAGGAGUGGGCCUAUUGGUUGUCUUAACUGCCAUGAUUGGUUUUCUGCCCAAUGGGAGGAUGAAGAAUUUUCUCAGUGAGAAGGUGCACCUGAUGUGUUAUCGUAUCUGUGUGAGAGCGCUGACUGCUAUCAUCACAUACCAUCACAGUGAAAACAAACCCAAGAAUGGAGGCAUCUGUGUCGCCAACCACACGUCACCCAUUGACGUCAUUAUACUAGCCAGUGACGGAUGCUAUGCAAUGGUGGGUCAGAUCCACGGGGGCCUGAUGGGGCUCAUUCAGAGGUCUAUGGUGAAAGCUUGUCCACACAUUUGGUUCGAGCGCUCGGAAGUCAAAGAUCGCCUUCUAGUGGCUAAAAGGUUGAGCGAUCACGUAAAAGACAAAAGCAAACUGCCGAUCCUCAUAUUCCCUGAAGGUACCUGCAUUAAUAACACAUCAGUCAUGAUGUUCAAGAAAGGAAGCUUUGAAAUUGCCUCAACCGUCUACCCUGUCGCCAUAAAGUAUGACCCUCGGUUUGGGGAAGCCUUCUGGAACAGCAGUAAGUUUGGGAUGGUGAAUUAUCUGCUCAGGAUGAUGAGUAGCUGGGCCAUCGUGUGCAGCGUGUGGUACCUGCCUCCGAUGAACCGUCAGGAAGAUGAGGAUGCAAUGCAGUUUGCUAACAGAGUAAAAGCAGCCAUUGCCAGACAGGGUGGUCUGGUGGACCUGCUGUGGGAUGGUGGGUUGAAACGAGGGAAAGUGAAAGACAAUUUCAAAGAGGAGCAACAAAAACUCUACAGCAAGAUUUUGGUUGGAACGCAGGAGGUCCGCAGUCGCUCUUGAGGAGCGAAGACGAAUCAGGUGAGGACCUGGAGGACAAGAGAUGGUUCAGAGACCUGGACGACGACCUUACGGUUUUGUUUUACAUCCAAUAACAAGUUACUGUCCUUGUUUAAUUGUUCGUCUUUGUGAAAAAGACCGAAAUGUGUCCAGUGUAAGGUCAGAUCGGGAUCAAAACACCAGGAGAUGUGUUUUGAUGUGUAAUGUUACUUGUACUGAAUUGAAUGUAGCGUGAUUCAGUCUAUAGUGGCCGGGUUACUCAUGAGGAGUCAUAAGGACUCAAUGCAGCAGUUUAAUGCUUUCUCUCUUUUGUUAUCAUUAACUCUUAACGUGUCAUUAGGACGCGGUAAACUAUUACAUUUGAUGGCCAUGUGUGGUUGAAGGAAACGUCUCAUCAGGCUGCACCUAGGUGUCCGAGAGCAUUUCUCUCUCUUUCUGCUAUACUUCUGAAUCACUUUAAUCCUGGAUUUUAACAGGAGAAAACCGUGGAAAUAUGCACGGAAAACCUGCUCUUUA